AUGGCUUCAACCUCUGAACAAUCCUCUACAACUUCAGAAGGUAUUUCCCAAAAAAGUUGUGAAGAGAACAACAUCAACAACAAGGGGAAGGAAGUUGUGCAAUGUCAACAACAUCAACCUUCAAACUCCAUCAAGCUCUCAAAAGAUGAUUCAAUUCGUGGGUCGAAAGUGCAAGAGCGUGAUUUUGUCACCCCCACAAAAAAUUUGGAGGUCGGUUCAUCUUCGUUAAGCUGGGCUAAUAAUAAGACCAACAAAGAAAAGAACACUGGGAAUAAAUCCUCUGACUCGAAGAAUUUUUCAUGCAGCUUUUGUAGGAAACAAUUUUCUACCUCGCAAGCUUUAGGAGGGCACCAAAAUGCUCAUAAGCGUGAGCGUGCACUCGCAAAACAUCGUCUAGAGAUGCAUAAUGGUUUUGGGAUCCCUCGCCAUCCUUUUCCUUACUACACUAAUUAUCCUAGCCUUUCUUCAUCUUAUUAUGGGUUUGGAUCCUUUAAUAAAGCACUUGGAAUUAGGAUGGAGUCCAUGAUCCACAAGCCAAGCUAUUCAUUGACCCCAUCUCCUUAUAAGUUCGGUUCUCCUACAUGGGCACCAAUGCAAGAGAUGAGAAACUAUUCUUCAAUGCAAGAGAUGAGAAACUUUUCUUCACUUGGUGGAUUGAAGAUUGAGGGUCUUAACACAAAUAAUGGAAGUAGUGCAACACCAACUUGGAGGAAUAAUGUGAUAAAAUUAGAUAAUAUUGGAGAGUCUUCGAUAAAUGUUACAAAGUCAAACGUGGUCCUUACGGAUAAUGAUCAUCAUGGUAUGAGGAAGGAAGAAGACCCUGAUUCAGAAUCUACUGAGCUUGAGCUUGAUUUGACGCUUAAGCUUUGA